UUCUUGUAGGGACAAAAAAGAAGACCAAAGUCAUCAAAAAUAAUGUCAAUCCUGUCUGGAAUGAGGGUUUUGAGUGGGACUUGAAGGGUGUUCCUUUAGAUUCUGGAGCAGAGCUUCAUGUUGUGGUCAAGGACCAUGAAAAAAUGGGCAGAAAUAGGUUUCUGGGGGAGUGUCGGGUCGCUCUUCGAGAUGUGCUCAACUCUCCCAACCUGGCUGCUACUUUCACUGUGUCCCUGGUAGACACCAAAAGAAACAGCACAGGGGCCACAGUAACCCUGCAGGUUUCUUACAUCCCUCCUCCAGGCAUGGCUCCCAUCUUCCAGCCUCCUCCACAGCCAGAAGCCCAGCACACGCCAGUGGAGCUGGACACAGUUACAGUUUUCUCAUUGGACACUAUGGGCGAGGAGGACACUGAGAGCAUGCUGAUGAUGGACGUGGUGGAGGAGCCCGAACCUGUGCCAGGGCCCCUGGGUCAGGACACCGGGGCCCCUACAGCACCACCCAAAAAGGCCCCACCGAACUUUAACCAUGGCCUUAAGAAAAAGAAACGCCACAGCAACAAAAAUCCCCUGUCUGACAAACCCCAGAACCUCCAG